UCUGGAACAGCAUCGCCUGCACCCCAGCACAACAUAGACAAUAUAAAAGUGGAAUACCACCCCAGUAGUGGUCGCCCUACCGAAGUGUACCACGUCGAGGACUAUGGAUGUGGUCCUGGUGCCCCAACAGCGGUUCCGAAAGCAGAUCCUACGCCCUGGCAGCCGUUUCACACUCAUAUUGACUUUGAGGUUGCAGAACUCGCCCACGAAACUGGACUCUCUCAUGAGCAGCUGGACCGGCUCAUCCAACUCAUUCAUCGCAGCAGGAGUGAAUUAUUUACCCUCCGGAAUCGCAAAGAUGUGAGAGACACGUGGGAUGCAGUGUCAUUCAAGAUGACACCUUUUACGAAGGAGGAAGUGGUUGUGCCCUUCCAAGGUAUUGAUCAGACAUUCCUGCUAUUUCAUUGUUCACUGUGGGACUGGGCUGCAGAUCUACUUCAAGAUCUGCAAGUAGGUCCAUAUUUUGUCUUUGAUGCCCAAAGGCUUUCAAAGUUCAAUGGCGAGAAGUUUGUUCGGUUCAUUCACGAGCCAUGGACCGCUAAUGCAUUCUGGGAAUAUCAAGUAGGUCAUGCUCUUAUUAAUAUCAUGUUAAGUGUCUGCGUCGUAUAUACCAACCGAAUAUUAUCAUAG